ACACAACUUCUGAUGGCGUCCAUGGCGUGUGUGGAUUUUCUAAUUGGGACAUUCCACAUGCCGAUUAGUGUUGUGCACAUUAUACAUAACGGCAAAUGGAUUCUGGGUACAGUGUUGUGCAGCAUCUGGUACAACAUCGGAAAUGCUUUCUGUGGAGUCACCGCCUGUCAUAUAUUGUGUAUAGCUGUAGAUAAAUAUCUGGCCGUCUGCAAGCCAUUGGUGUAUCGAGUCACUUCUAAAAGAUUUGGUUACGUAAUGAUUAUCUUGUCAUGGACACUUCCAAGUGCAAUGUUCUUGCUACCUCUGGCCUCAGACUUGUUUGGGACGACACUAGUCAAAAUGACCAAUAGUAGUGAUCAAAGAACAGCAUGCUGGUCUACUUUAAACAAAGGCAUACUUCUUUUGUUGUACACCCUGGGAUUUUAUCUCCCGGUAUUAACUACAUACAUUCUCUACGCGCUCAUACUUUCUGAAAUCUGGAAAUUUAACAAAAGGAAAUCAUAUUAUUCAAAAAAAAAUGUUCAGUUAAAUUUCUACUCAAAGAAAAGUGAACUUUCAACAAUUGGUGAGACUGAAUCCAAUACUGCUACUUUAAACCAAGAGUCGCAUCCGAAGGGAUCUUGCGGAAAUAUCAAUACCAAAAGUGACCACCAAAAUGGGAAUCCAACUUCAUAUCAGAAAGGCAACAGCAAGAUGACGCGUCGCUUCUCCCGAAACAUGAAAGCUAUUCGCACGCUUGGGACAAUUGUGUUAUGUUUCACGUGUUGCUGGAUGCCGGUGUGGAUAUAUGUUGCUAUCUAUUCCUACCAUCAAUUAGAACUGCCAUCUACGUAUAUUUUAUUUAUAGGAUGGCUAGCUUACACGAACUCAGCAGUCAACCCUGUUCUGUACAGCUUUUUC